CUCGAGCCGUUUUGCUUCAAGGUUAGACAUAUUUCUACCCUCGGCUUGCGUGCUACCUGGAAGCCAUGCCGGCCACGAUGGGGAUCAACGGUUUCGGCCGCAUCGGCCGCCUGGUCUGCCGCGCAGCGCUCGGCAACCCGGAGGUGCAGCUGAAGGCCAUCAACGACCCUUUCAUGGACCUCGAGUACAUGGUCUACAUGCUCAAGUACGACUCCGUGCACAAGCGCUACCCGGGCACCAUCGCCACGAAGGUGGCCGACGGCAAGGAGUUCCUGGUCGUCGACGGCAAGGACAUCGCGGUGUUCCACGAGAAGGACCCAGCGUCUAUCCCGUGGGGCGCGGCGGGCGCCUCCUACAUCUGCGAGUCCACCGGCGUGUUCACGGCCAAGGAGAAGGCCGAGCUGCACAUCGGCGGCGGUGCCAAGAAGGUCAUCAUCUCUGCCCCUCCCAAGGACUCCGUCCCGAUCUACGUCGUCGGCGUGAACCACAGCGAGUACAAGGCAUCGGACACCGUGGUGUCGAACGCGUCCUGCACCACGAACUGUCUGGCCCCGUUGACCAAGGUCAUCCACGAGAAGUUCGGCAUCGUGGAGGGUCUCAUGACCACGGUGCAUGCCAUGACGGCCACACAGCUCACGGUGGACGGCCCAUCCCGCGGCGGCAAGGACUGGCGCGGCGGCCGCUGUGCCUCGCAGAACAUCAUCCCGUCAUCCACGGGUGCCGCCAAGGCUGUGGGCAAGUGCCUCCCCGCUGUGAACGGCAAGCUCACGGGCAUGGCCUUCCGCGUGCCCACGCCAGAUGUGUCGGUUGUGGAUUUGACGUGCCGCCUAGAGAAGGGCGCGAAGUACGACGAGAUCGUUGCAGCUGUGAAGGAGGCGGCCGCGGGUCCGAUGAAGGGCGUCCUGGACUGGACUGAUGAGGAGGUGGUUUCCACGGACUUCGUGAGCUGCAAGUCGUCCUCCAUCUUCGACGUCAACGCUGGCAUCUCCCUGAACGACACCUUCGUGAAGCUGGUGUCUUGGUACGACAACGAAUGGGGCUACUCCAACCGCCUCGUAGACUUGUGCUGCCACAUGUCCAAGGUUGACGGUGCCUGAUCCGUUCCUAGGUUGUUGGGAGCGCGUUGCGCCGUGAGUUUUAGAUAAGGCGCCUGGGUUGUUCAAAGUCUCCCGGCAGUCCAGCAUCUAGUUUUGCAGAACGCGUGAGAUCAUAUUGAGAUCAGAUCUCCGCUUGAAAAUCUGUAGAAUUGCCCAGGGGCGAACCGCUGCAUCGAUGAUUUGCGGGGCAGACAACAAUUUUCACAGGCGCGUCGCAGUCGAAAAGUGCUCCUCGUCUCGGAGGUUCGCACUGGCCGCGGCAUUGACGGGUGGUGGUGUUCAAUUCGUUGUAAUAUUAUGUCGUCCGGGUCCCCC